UUCCAAUCCCCUCCAUAUCAUGUGAUUCAGGUGUUCCAAUCCCCUCCAUAUCAUGUGAUUCAGGUGGUCCAAUCCCCUCCAUGGACACAGGUGUAUACAAUCAGGCCCCUAGGCAUGCAGACUGCUUCUACAAACAUUGGUGAAAGAAUGGGUCGCUCUCAGGAGCUCAGUGACUCCAGGCGUGGUCCCGUGAUAGGUGGCCACCUGUGCAAUAAGUCCAUCCGUGACAUUUCCUGGCUACUAAAUAUUCCACGCUCAGCUGUUAGUGGGAUUAUAACAAAGUGGAAGCCACUGGGAACAACAGCCACUCAGCCACCAAGUGGUAGGCCACGUCACAUGACAGGGCGGGGUCAGCGCAUGCUGAAGUGCACAGUGCGCAGAAGUCACCAACUGUCUGCAGAGUCAAUAGCUAAAGACCUCCAAACUUGGUGUGGCCUUCAGGUGAGCCCAACAACAGUGUGUAGAGAGCUUCAUGGAAUGGGUUUCCAUGGCCGAGCAGCUGCAUCCAAG